AUUAUACUUAUACUUAUUUCCAUUUACCUCAUUUUCUUUGAAAACCAUCACACCACAACCAAACCCCACACACUCUUCUUGUUUUCUUCAUGUUAUAGUAGCACUAAAACAUAAAAAUUUCAAUCUCUCUUGCUACUAAUUUCAAACUUUCAAUCUACUUAAUCUUCCUUUUCUUCUUUGUGUUCACAAAUCUUAAAAAAAAAUGAUGUUUUUAUUUCAAGUUUUUUUUUUUAUGGUUUGAUGUCUAUAGAUCUGAACUGGUUGAUGAUAUUUCAUACUGAUUUUUCGGUUUUGGUACUCUGAUCUAAUUUUUCUUCUUAUUUCCACUCCAACUUUGUUCUUAAAUUGUUGUCUUUAGUUUAAGAUUUAACCCGUGUAAAUCCUUGUACAUCCUUGUACUAGAUAUGUUUUAAUUAUUCUUCUUCUUUUUUUUUUUGACCAAUUAUUCUUCUUCUUAAUCAUAUUAAAGAGUGUUUCUAAGUUAAUUUUUCAGAAUUUUUUGAAUUUUUUCUUUGCUUAAACCGUUUGAAUCCACCCGUUAGACCCGAAAUCCGUUUAACCCGAACCCGCAUGACCCGAACCCCCAAAAUGGUUUGAUAUGGACAUGUAUUCCUCACCCGUGGAUUGGGUCGGGUGGAGCUUUUGGCCCCGUACCGACCCAACCCGGCCCGUUGUCCACCCCUACUUUACAUUUCUCUACGGCUCACAUUUGUUUGAAAAGGGAAAGUAACAUAAUUGAGUAGAGACAAGACAACCGCAUACGUAACUCAUGAUUGGAAAAUCUUAUAAUAUAUGGAAAAUCAAUUCCAAUUAAACCAAAAAUUUAAUAUAUUUUUCUCCUUUUUUCUCCUCCACGCUAUAUGCCAGGUGGUAAUAAUUCAUUUUCCUUUCUUUAUGUGAAAAUGAAACAAACAUUGCUUUUCUUCACCAAGAAAAGGAAAGCAGAGAAAAAAAUAAAAAAUAAUAAGAAAUGUGAUCAAUGCUUACGUGGUAUCGACUCAGUGAUUAAACAAAUCAUAAAAAUAAUAAAAAACGACUAAGAAUCCGUAUCCAUAAAUACUAAAAAUAAACAAAAUAAUAAAAAAUAAAAAAUAAAAAAUUUAAUGGUAGCAUAUACUCUCCUUUAUAAGAGCAUCUCUCUCUUAAUCUCUCUAUUAAUCUCUCUCUUAAUUUGAGCCAAAAACAUGUAUUAAGCACAAAAAACACUCUCACAUAGAAAACAUCAAACAAAUUGAAACCACAACCUCGUUCUUCCUCCAUCCACCACUCCCAACCCAAAAACAUCAUCGUAUCAUUCAUCGUAACCUUAUUCUAAACAAAAACAAAAAAAAUCGUUUUUUUUUCAUCAUAAAAAAAGAUCGCAUUUUUGAGGUUGAAUUUGGCCAUUCAUCCAUGGCUGACGUUCUUUCACAAAAGAUCAAAACACCCACAAGCACAAACAAGAAGGAAACAUCGAAUCUGUUACUGGGUCGUUUCGAAAUUGGGAAACUUCUUGGUCAUGGAACAUUUGCUAAGGUUUAUUAUGCAAAGAAUAUCAAAACUGGUGAAGGGGUUGCAAUCAAAGUCAUUGACAAAGAGAAGAUUCUGAAAGGUGGUUUAGUUGCUCACAUAAAACGUGAGAUCUCGAUUCUUCGUCGUGUUCGUCAUCCAAAUAUUGUUCAAUUGUUUGAGGUAAUGGCUACAAAAACAAAGAUCUAUUUUGUUAUGGAAUAUGUUCGUGGGGGUGAACUUUUUAAUAAGGUUGCUAAGGGUAGAUUGAAAGAAGAAGUUGCUAGAAAAUAUUUUCAACAAUUGAUUUCAGCUGUUGGAUUUUGUCAUGCUAGAGGUGUUUAUCAUAGGGAUCUAAAACCUGAAAAUUUGUUGCUUGAUGAGAAUGGUAAUUUGAAAGUUUCUGAUUUUGGUUUAAGUGCUGUUUCUGAUCAAAUUAGACAAGAUGGUUUGUUUCAUACUUUUUGUGGUACACCUGCUUAUGUUGCUCCUGAGGUUUUGGCUAGGAAAGGUUAUGAUGGUGCUAAGGUUGAUCUUUGGUCUUGUGGUGUUGUUUUGUUUGUUUUGAUGGCUGGUUAUUUACCUUUUCAUGAUCAAAAUGUUAUGGCAAUGUAUAAGAAGAUUUAUAAGGGUGAUUUUAGGUGUCCUAGGUGGUUUUCGCCGGAUUUGGCUAAACUCCUUAUUCGUCUUCUUGAUACGAAGCCUGAAACUAGGAUUGCUAUUCCUGAUAUUAUGGAGAAUAGGUGGUUUAAAAAAGGGUUCAAACAAAUUAAGUUUUAUGUUGAAGAUGAUAGGCUUUGUAAUGUUGAUGAUAAUAAUUUUGCUGACAUUGAUGAUGAUACAGCUUCUAUAACAUCUGUAGCGUCUGUGGCGUCUUUCUCUGAUUAUUCGAUUUCGGAAUCUGAUUCUGAGGUUGAGACUAGAAGGAAAAAUGCUCCUUUGCCAAGACCUGCUAGUUUGAAUGCUUUUGACAUUAUAUCGUUUUCUCCUGGUUUUGAUCUUUCUGGUUUGUUUGAGGAAAAAGGUGACGAGAAUAGGUUUGUGACUGCUGCACCGGUUUCGAAGAUCAUAUCGAAAUUGGAAGAGAUUGCUCAAUUGGUUAGGUUUACUGUAAGGAAGAAGGAUUGCCGGGUGAGCUUGGAGGGUACAAGAGAAGGUGUGAAGGGACCGUUGACUAUUGCUGCCGAGAUAUUUGAACUAACACCUACUUUGGUUGUCGUUGAGGUGAAGAAAAAAGGUGGCGACAGAGCGGAAUAUGAGAGAUUCUGUAAUGAAGAAUUGAAGCCUGGAUUGCAGAAUUUGACGGCGGAUGAAUCAGCAACUUCUUCAGCUUUGUCAAAGCCUAAAGAGCCUACCUUACUUCGUGUGCUUUCUGAACCAGUUCACAACUUGACUUCGGAUAUUGAAUCGCCGCACUAUGUACCUGAAGAGUGAGUUAGAGAAAAAAAAAGUUCUUUCUGUUGUUUUGUUUCUUAUAGAUUGUGUAUGAUAAAUUGAUAAUUGAUCAUUUUUCCCCCCAUGAUGGUCCUCCCUUUUAGAUUUGCUCCUUGAAUUGAGCAUUAGAAUUUACUGUAUUUUCUAUGUCCAAUUGCUAUACAAAGAAGGCUAAUUGAAAUUUUAGCUAAUGGUGGAUAUUUUUUCGAUGUUUUUAUUUUGGUGCAUUAUUCCUUAUUUGUAUAUUAAUUUUGCUUCGUUCAAGUAGUGAGGAAAUAACAAAACAGUUGUGCUAA